AAUCCCACCUCCCACCUCUCCAGUCUCCGCAGCACUCAAAUGUGGAGCAAAAACCAGGAAGAUGACCACCACAUAGCCAUGGUUGCCGAGAAACCUAGGGAGGACUGAGGAGAUCUUCUUCCUCUAUAGCCUGAACCGCCCGAGAUCGACCGGCAAGGAGUCAAAGGAAUCCAAGAAGAAGCCCAGGGCCGGCGGCCAUGGUGGAGAGGAGGCGGAGGUACUGUUCCUGCUCUAGCCAUGGCUUGUCGCUGCCGCUACUGCUGCUCUCCUUCUUCUCCUUCUUGCGCCUACAUGCUUCCUUCGCCGCCACCGCGGCCGCCGCCCCACCCCUUCGUCUAAACAGCACACAAGAAUCCAUCUUGAGGGAUCUCUCCCGCGGCGAGCGCAUAGCCGGGUGGAACACAACCGCCUCGAAUCCGUGCCUGUGGAGCGGAAUCGCUUGCUCUCCUUCCGAUUCCACCUCGUUCUCCGCGGUGACCGGCAUCGCCUUGUCCGGCUACGGCAUUUCCAACUCCUCCGUCUUCGCCUCGAUAUGCGCUCUUGACACCCUGCUGUCCCUCGAUCUCUCGAGAAACUCCCUCGCCGAUCUGGGUUACCGAUUCCUCGGCCCCUCUUGCUCCAUGAAGGAAGGGCUGCGGUCACUCAAUCUGAGCAGCAACCAGCUCGCCGCUUCGCUCGCCGAUCUAUCCGGCUUCCCCAGGCUGGAGGUUCUCGAUUUGUCCUUCAACCACGUGCGUGGAAAUCUGAGCACCGAGCUGGGCAGAUUCCCCCAGUUGAGAAGCCUGAACCUUAGCACCAACGGGUUGAAUGGCGGUGUCCCCACAAGCAUGGUACUCUCUCUGGAGGAGCUGGUGCUGUCUGGCAAUCAUUUGAGGGGUCCAAUUCCACCCGGUAUGUUCGGCUACGCAGAUCUUGUUAUGCUGGAUCUCAGCCAGAACAAUCUAACUGGUGAUGUCCCUGAUGAGUUCUGGAAGCUCGACAAGCUCGAGACGUUGCUGCUUUCAGGUAAUGGGCUGAGUGGGGCAAUACCUGGGAGACUGCCGAACUCGACGACGAUGUCCCGGUUCGCGGCCAACCAGAACAAGUUCACCGGCUCGAUCCCGAGUGGGAUUACCGAGCAUGUGAAGAUGUUGGAUUUAAGCUACAACAAGCUGAGUGGGAAGAUCCCCUCUGAUCUACUCGCGUCUCCGGUGUUGGAGACCAUUGAUCUCACUAGUAACAGCCUUGAAGGGCCCAUUCCAGGGAACUUUUCUGCCAAGCUCUUCCGCCUCCGGCUUGGCAUGAACUUGCUGACUGGGAGCAUUCCAGACUCCAUAGGUGAUGCUUCCAAGUUGGCUUAUCUUGAGUUGGAUCACAAUAGUUUGACAGGUUCUAUACCUCCCCGGCUUGGCGAAUGCAGUGAGUUGGCUCUCUUGAAUCUGGCAUCAAAUGGUUUGCAUGGUCAAGUACCUGAUCAGAUCAGCACCCUGGAGAAGCUAGUAGUUCUGAAGCUCCAAAUGAACAACCUCAGCGGAUCUAUCAGAAGUACCUUUUCUUCUCUUACAAGCCUGAGCAUAUUAAAUCUUAGUCGGAAUUCAUUCACCGGAGAGAUACCGCAGAGUGUGGAUCAGUUAUCAAAGCUCUCCAACAUGAACCUUGCAGGCAACAAGAUUAGUGGUCCCAUUCCACCCUCAGUUGGUUCACUGCAAUUUCUAAUCGAACUCAAUCUGGGGGAUAAUUUCCUGACUGGUACCAUCCCGAAAAUGCCAGUCAGCUUGAGCACAUCUCUUAAUAUUAGUCAUAACAACCUUAGUGGUUCUAUUCCCUCAAACAUUGGGUCUUUAAAAGAGUUAGAGAUCCUUGAUCUUUCUUACAACAGUUUGUCUGGUACAGUGCCAUCCCCACCUGACUUGCCACCAAGCUUGACGCUGUUGGUGCUUUCCUAUAAUCAGCUUACUGGGUACUUUCAGGCGCCUCCGCAUGUUGUAGUCAGUACCACUGGAAAUCCUGGCCUUACAACUGCAAGUGAUACAGAUGAUGAUGGCAUCCCCUCUGAUGGUAAAAAGAAGAACCAUGCUGUUCUGAUUACUAUCUUUGCUAUUGUCGGUGCUCUUGUCGGAUUAUGCUUGCUUGCCACUGUUAUUAUGUUCUCAUUAUCCAAGAGGAUUUAUCGCGUUGAAGAUAUAGGACCGCCACCAGAGCAAGUCCUUCCUCAAAUCAUCAAUGGGCACCUCAUAACAAUGAACAGCAUCCACACCACUGCAAUUGACUUAAGUUAUGCAAUGGAAGCAGUCUCCAGUCCCGCCAACAUAUUUCUGAAGACAAGGUUCUGCACCUACUACAAGGCUGCGAUGCCAAAUAGGUCAAUCUACUCUGUGAAGAAGCUUGACUGGAGUGACAAGAUAUUCCAAAUUGGGAGCCAAGAGAAAUUUGGUCAUGAACUUGAGGUACUUGGUAAACUAAGCAAUUCCAACGUCAUGGUGCCAUUGGCCUAUGUCUUGACAGAAAACAAUGCAUACCUACUGUAUGAGCAUGCAUACAAGGGCACGGUAUUCGACUUACUGCAUGAUGGAAGGUCAGAUGGUCUGGACUGGCCCUCACGGUAUAGCAUUGCUUUGGGAGUGGCCCAAGGGCUGACCUUUCUUCAUGGGCGCACUCAGCCAGUUCUGCUUCUUGAUUUGUCAACAAGAACUAUCCAUUUGAAGUCAGUGAAUGAGCCUCAGAUUGGAGAUAUUGAGCUUUACAAAAUUAUUGAUCCUUCCAAAAGUAGUGGAAGCCUUUCAACUAUUGCUGGUACAGUUGGUUAUAUUCCUCCAGAGUAUGCAUACACCAUGAGGUUGACGAUGGCAGGCAAUGUUUAUAGCUUUGGAGUUAUUUUACUGGAGCUCUUGACAGGGAGACCAUCGGUCAGCGACGGCACGGAGCUAGCCCAGUGGGCUCUCAGUCUUUCAGUUAGGCCUGAGCAAAGGGAGCAGGUCCUUGACACCAGAGUCUCAAGAACUUCAGUUGGUGCUCACAGCCAGAUGUUAUCGGUUCUGAAUAUCGCCCUCUCCUGCGUCUCCUUCUCUCCAGAUGCUCGACCCAAAAUGCGCAACGUCUUGAGGUUGCUCGUCAAUGCAAAGUGAAUGUGAACCAAAGCCAAGCAAUCAGUUUUGGUGAACUUAGAUAAGUUCUGAAUGGAGUCUUGACAUUUGCUUAGUUCACGGAUGUCAAUAUACACGUGAUCAUUGUAUAGUUACCAUAGGUUAUGAUCUGGUGAUUAGUUUGAGUUGUUAGGUAUAUCCUAUUUCUGGAGUGUAAUCGCUACGAUUUUCUGGGCUGUAAACAUCACAGCGAUGGUUAUUAGCAAACCCGGUUGCUUUGCUUUCUGCCUAA